AUGAAGAACUAUGAAUAUCCUCGGGUCCGACCUCUGACCUCAGCCUCACUACAGCCGCCACCUCAAAUACCGGGUGCCGGUACUGGACCUCGAUUCUCAUGGAUGGACACGCCAGCGGACGAGGAGAAUCAAGUCUUUACAAACAGCGCGCGAACAACGAGCACAAACACAAGCAGAACCAACUUGCCGCCACUUCAGGUACCUGGCGCACAAGAGGAGCAGCAGCAGCAAUACAUGGCAACACACGGGUAUAACAGCGGACCAUAUGCAGGAUUGACACAUGAUGCUGCUACACGGGUGGUACAACAACAACAGCAUUUUGGUCCGGAAACACUACAACAUGGCGCUUAUUCUGCACAAGGCAUGCCCACACGAGAGUCGUCACCAUCUGGUCAGCCACAACCACAACCACAGCAGGAACAUAUACCACCGGCCGCAGCCCAACCUCAAUUGCAAGAUUUGGACCAAACCCCUGCGAAACAGACUCAGACCCGACAGCAUGAACCGACGAAACCCAACAUUGCACCAGACACCAACCCGCUGACGCCGACAACUCCGAAAUUCCACGAGCCGGCCAGCACGAACAUGGCCAUAGUUGCCCCUGCUACCGAUCCCUCUCAGUUUUCAGUCAGCACAUUCAUCCCAAGUCCCCAAACCAUACGGGGUGGAGUCUGGCAACACGGUCUCUGUUCAUGCGCCGAACCUUCGACGUGUCUCAUAGCUCUGUUCUGUCCUUGUGUUGUCUACGGAAAGACCCAGUACCGAUUGAAUCUGCGUGCAGACAAGAAAGACCCCACCAAUAUGCUAGGUUACGCCGCCGUCAACGGCUCUUGUAUAGCUUUUGGUGUGCUCUGUGGGAUCAACGGCAUUUUGGCUACUAUUCAGCAUACGCGCGUCCGCAAGACUUAUGGUAUGAGUUCGGCCGCUGGCAAUGUAGCGGGAGAUUGCCUCAAGGGCUUUUGCUGCUGUUGUUGUGUCGUGGCGCAAGAUGAGAAAGAAGUCAAGUUUCGAGAGGAACAGGCUAGGAAACCUGCCGGAUCGGGGAUGAGAAAAGAGGGAUAUGUGGCUCCUACUGGCAUGACUUUUAGUGCUCCUCCACGAUGA